AUCGCUCUCCCACCAUUCGGGUAUACCCCGUCGCAUCGGGCGAUAGAAAAGUUGUAAAAACGAAAACAUUCUUUAAAACUUUCACAUCACAGCGAGAGCGCCUCGCGGACAGUGGACGGCACCUCCGACACACAGCACCUCCCGUCAACAUGCAAAUACCGUGUCGAUUUCCCCGCUACUAGUCGUCCGUGGCCGUGUUUGUAUGCGUGUGUGUGCGACUGAGGCAAACGCUCUCUUCAUUUUUUGCUAACGUUAAAGUUAGCCCCAUCCCCAACCCCACUCCUGCACCACGUCAGCGCGGGCAACGAGUGUGCGAGGCGUCCGCGAUACCGUGGGGAACCGGAACCGCGGAACCGGCGGCAGCAGCCUAAAUGAUGGAAGAAAAGCUUAAGUAUUCCUUUCUGCGCGAUCUGAACGAUGGCCAAAGUAUAUGGACGAGAAAUGAGAAGCGUACCUGGUUCCUGACGCUCCUGACCGGCACCUGCAUGCUGUACUCGACCCGCACCACCAUGCCGCUGCUCGUGCCGGCCGUCGCAGCGGAGCGCAAGUGGAGCAAAACCGACUCCGGCACGGUGCUGAGCUCGUUCUUCUGGGGCUACACGCUGACCCAGGUGCUCGGCGGCUACCUGAGCGACAAGUUCGGCGGCCAGAAGGUGAUACUGCUGGCGGCGAUCGGUUGGUCGCUGAUCACCUUCUGGAUGCCGAACAUUAUCACCUCGUCGACGCUGUUUGCCUCCUACUCGAUCCCGUUCAUCGUGACCGUGCGGAUCAUCAACGGUGCCUGCCAGGGCGUCCACUUUCCGAGCAUGAUCAGCAUCACCAGCCAGAACUUGAGCGCGUGUGAGCGGGCCAGCUUUUUCAGCAUACUCACGUCCGGGUCGGCGCUCGGGACGCUGCUGACCGGGAUCGUGGGUUCGUUUUUGCUCGACUACUUCGGCUGGCCGACGGCGUUCCGGGUGAUUGGGUUUUUGGGCCUCUCGUGGACGCUCUUCCUGCGCUACUACACGAUGGCAUCGGACCGGAGCAGGAUUAUUAACAUUUCGAUGCCGAGCCGGAUGUACACGAAGCUCGGCACGCCGGACGCCGUACCGUGGUUGCGGCUGUUCGAGCGCAGCAGCUUCUGGGCGUGCGUGCUGGCGCACGCCUGCGAGAUGAACUGUUUCUUCGUGCUGCUGUCGUGGCUGCCGACGUACUUUCACGAGAAUUUCCCCCACGCUAAGGGUUGGGUGGUCAACAUGAUCCCCUGGCUAGCGCUUCCACCGGUCACGUUCAUCGGCAAGCUGCUCACCGAGCAUCUGCUCGCGAAACAGUGGUCCCUCACGCGCAUCCGCAAACUAGUCCAGAGCUUAUGCUUCUUGGGGCAAAACUGUGCCCUGUUUCUAAUGUGCCGCACGCAGGACUUCAACAUGGCGCUUACCUGCAUGUCAAUUAUUAUCGGCCUCUCGGGAUUGCACAACAAUGCAGUGACGGUGAACCCGCAGGAUCUGGCCCCGAGCCACUCGGGCAGCGUGUUCGGGCUGAUGAACACGGUCGGUGCAAUACCGGGCUUUCUCGGCGUCUACCUGGCCGGUCACAUACUGGAACUAACGCAAUCAUGGUCGGCCGUGUUCAGUACGGCCGCCGCCAUCAAUACGUUCGGGUGGCUUAUUUUUACCGUGUUUGGGUCGGCGGAAACGAUCGUUUAAGUUUCAGUUUUUAAUUCCCCCUCCACACACCCAAGAUGGUGCGCGCGUGUGUGUGUGUGUGUUUGGGUAAGCAAACCGGGUAGCCAAAAACCAAAUCUAGAUUAAUGAAGGAAGAAAGGAGGAAAGGCGAAACACGCGAAAACAAAGCCCCCAAAUACUACUUUCCGCAUACUCUAAACACUAGAUGUACAAACGGUCUUAUUCCCUUCUAGCUCGUUUUUAACACUCAACCACCUUCCCCCCUUAUCCCC